AUGGCGCUGGCCCGGCCUGUGACCCCGCACUCCAGGCCCCUGGGCCCCUGGCUGCUGCUGCUGCUGCUGUGGCCCUGGGCCCCAGCCCUGGGCCUCCUGGCUGAGACGGGGCCUUCAGAGACCCCAAGUCCCUGUGCCUCAGACCCAUGCGCCCCAGGGACUGAGUGCCAGGCUAUGGAGAAUGGAAGCUACACCUGUGCACUCACAGAAUCCAGGGGCUGUGCCACUCAGCCAUGCCACCACGGCGCUCUGUGUGUGCCCCAGGGUCCUGAUCCUAGCGACUUUCGCUGCUACUGCGUGCCGGGUUUCCAGGGUCAGCACUGUGAGCUGGACAUCGAUGAGUGCGCAUCCCGGCCCUGCCACCAUGGCGCCACCUGCCACAACCUGGCUGAUCGCUAUGAAUGCCACUGCCCCCUCGGCUAUACAGGCGUGACCUGCGCGGAGGAGGUGGACGAGUGCGUGUCGGCGCCCUGCCUGCACGGGGGCUCGUGCCUGGACGGCGUCGGCUCCUACCGCUGCGUGUGCGCGCCGGGCUACGCGGGUGCCAGCUGCCAGCUGGACGUCGACGAGUGCCAGAGCCAGCCGUGCGCCCACGGGGGCGUGUGCCACGACCUGGUCAAUGGGUUCCGGUGCGACUGCGCUGACACGGGCUACGAGGGCGUGCGCUGCGAGCAGGAGGUACUGGAGUGUGCAUCGGCGCCCUGCGCGCACAACGCGACCUGCCUCGACGGCCUCGGGAGCUUCCGCUGCCUCUGCUGGCCUGCCUUCGACUUCCGCCGCGCGGCUGGCUUCUGGUGCCGCUGCCCGGCCGGCUUCGAGGGGGAAGACUGCGGCGUGGACGUGGACGAGUGCGCCUCAAGGCCCUGUCUCCACGGAGGCCGCUGCCAGGACCUGCCCAAUGGCUUCCAGUGCCACUGUCCAGCCGGCUACGCAGGUCUGGCAUGUCAGGAAGAUGUGGAUGAGUGCCUGUCAGAGCCCUGCCUGCAUGGAGGAACCUGUGAUGACAAAGUGGCGGGCUACGCCUGCCGGUGCGCAGAGGCCUGGGGUGGACACGACUGCUCUGUGCAGCUCACUGGCUGCCAGGGCCACGCCUGUCCUCCAGCUGCCACCUGCAUCCCCACCUUCCAGUCCGGGGUCCAUGGUUAUGUCUGCCGCUGUCCACCUGGCUCCCAUGGCCCUUCCUGUGGCCACAAUACCACCUUCUCUGUCCUGGCUGAGAGCCCUGUGCGGGCAUCGGUGCCAGCCGGUGGCCCCCUGGGCCUGGCACUGAGGUUUCGCACCACCCUGUCUGCUGGCAUCUUGGCUACUCGCACUGACACCCAGGACAGCUUGGAGCUGGCCCUGGUGGGGGCCACACUUCAAGCCACGCUCUGGAGCCGUGGUGGCACCCCCCUCGUCCUGAGACUGCCAGGCCGGACCCUCAGCGAUGGCCACUGGCAUCGGGUGGAGGUGGAACUCCGCCUGGGGAUCCUGCACCUCCGGCUCUGGCAUGAGGGCUGUCCCGCCCAGCUCUGCAUGGCCUCUGGUCCCGUGGCCCCAGGUCCUGUGGCGUCAGUGGCCCCUGGGCCUGCUGGGCCUUGCGCCGUCCAGCUGGGGGGCUCUGCCUUUGCAGGCUGUCUCCAGGACGUCCGGGUGGACGGGCACUUGCUGCUGCCCGAGGACCUGGGUGCGGACGUCCACCGGGGCUGCGAGCGCCAGGAGCAGUGCCAGCCCCCGCCCUGCGCCCACGGCGGGACCUGUGAGGACCUGUGGACACGCUUCCGCUGCACCUGCCCGCGGCCCUACGGCGGCCCCACAUGUGCUGACGAGAGUCCUGCCGCCACCUUUGGCUUGGGGGGCGCCUUGAGCUCUGCCUCCUUUCUGCUCCCUGAGCGGCCAGGCCCCAACCUCACCGUGUCCUUCCUCGUCCGGACGCGCGAGCCCGCUGGCCUGCUGCUUCAGUUUGCCAAUGACUCGGCGGCUGGCCUGACGAUCUUCCUGUGGGAGGGCCAGGUCCAGGCCCUGGUGCGCGGUGGCCCUGCGCUGGUGCUCCCUGGGCGCCGGGAUGACGGGCUCCAGCACCUGGUGACGCUCGGCUUUGGGCCCGAGCAGCUGCAGGACCUGGGGCAGCAGGUGCACGUGGGCGGGAGACCCGAGCCUGCCGACACCCGGCCCUGGGGUGGGCCCUUCCAAGGCUGCCUCCAGGACCUGCGGCUGAAUGGCCUCCACCUCCCCUUCUUUCCUCGGCCGACGGAGAACUCCAGCCAGCCAGCGGCACCCCGAGAGCCUGCCGAGCUGGAUGCCAGCCAGGCCUGGAACCUCACCCGGGGCUGCGUCUCUGAGGACACGUGCAGUCCAGACCCCUGUCUCAACGGUGGGACUUGCCUCGUCACCUGGAAUGACUUCAACUGCACCUGUCCCGACAACUUCACGGGGCCCACUUGCGCCCAACAGCGGUGGUGCCCUAGCCAGCCCUGCCUCCCACCUGCCACCUGUGAAGAGGUCCCAGACGGCUUUGUCUGUGUGGCGGAGGCCACGUUCCGCGAGGGUCCCCCGGUGGAGUUCCGCGGGCACAACGCCUCGGCGGGGCGCUGGCUGGGCGGGGGGCUGUCGCUGGCCUUCCGCACGCGGGACGCGGACGCGGGGCUGCUGCGCGCGGACGCGGGGGCCGGGGCCGGGGUCUGGCUGGCGGUGCGCAACGGCUCGCUGGUGGCCCAUGUGCGCCGCGGCGGCGGGGCGGGCGCCGCGCUCCCCGCGCCCGGGCCGCGCGUGGCCGACGGCGCCUGGCACCGCGUUCGCCUGGCUGCGGCCGCCGAGCGCUGGCUGCUGUGGCUGGACGGCGCGGCCUCGCCCGUGGCGCUGCGCCCGGAGGGCGACCCGGGCUUCCCGCCAGGCCCGGGCGCCGCGCGCGUCCUGCUGGCCGAGAACUUCACGGGCUGCCUGGGCCGCGUGGCGCUCGGCGGCCUCCCGCUGCCCCUGGCGCGGCCGCGGCCCGGCGCGGCCCCCGCUCCCCGGGAACAACACUUCGAGGCCUGGCCCGCGGCUUCCGCCCCGCGCCUGGGCUGCAGCGGGGCCCCGGUGUGCGCGCCAUCGCCCUGCGCGCACGGCGGCGCCUGCCGCGACCUCUUCGACGCCUUCGCCUGCGCCUGCGCCCCGGGCUGGGAGGGGCCGCGCUGCCAGACCCGCGCCGACCCGUGUCGCGCCAGGCCCUGCGCCCACGGGCGCUGUCGCUUCGAGUGCCGCUGCCAGCCUGGCUUCGCCGGCCCGCGCUGCAGGCUGCCGGUCCUGCCGGAGGAGUGCAGCCUCAACGCCACCUGCCCGGACGGCGUCCUCUGUGAGGCUGCGACCCAGGGCACCAACUGCAGCUGCCCUGAGGCGCUUGCUGGCCGCAGGUGUCAGAGGCCAGCCCUGGCCUGCAAAGCCAACCCCUGCUUGAAUGGGGGCACCUGCCGGGCCUCCGGUGGGGCGUAUGAAUGUUCCUGCCGCAUCGGCUUCUCUGGCCAGUUCUGUGAGGUCGUGAAGGGCCUGCCCCUGCCGCUGCCGUUCCCGCUGCUGGAGGUGGCCGUGCCCGCGGCCUGCGCCUGUCUCCUCCUCCUCCUCCUGGGCCUCCUGUCUGGGAUCCUGGCUGCCAGAAAACGCCGCCAGUCAGAAGGCACCUACAGCCCCAGCCAGCAGGAGGUGGCUGGAGCCCGGCUGGAGAUGGACAGUGUCCUCAAGGUGCCCCCUGAGGAGAGGCUUAUUUAGGCCAGCCUGGUUACCCACGCUAUGCCCUGAAGUCCUGUAGGAGAUCAACUUACCUGGAAACCCAAGGAGGUCACUUUUAGGGCCUGGGCACCACUGGGAGUGGUCGGCGGUCCCUGCCUUUGCCCCCUGGCAGGCCUGAGGGAAAGUGGCAUCUCCGGGAAGAAGAGGGCCCAUGAGGCUGUGGAACUCUCCAAGCUGCUGGCCAUGGCAGGUGUGCUGCUGUGCGUGGAGGACACACGUGGGUGCACGUGGCGUGUCAGGAGAGCAAGUUCUCAUGGAGCUUGCUGGGAGAGGGACAGGUGAUCUCAUGGGAAGGUGGCUUGUCCACAACGACAGCCAACUGGACAACUGUAGGACAGGGCCAGCCCAAGGCUGCACGUGCACCAGCAGGCCAGACCAGCGCUUACCCAAGCUCCGCGGCUUCUGGCAUCUUCUGCCACCUCCCAGGGCAAGCCCCUGCCCGGGAGACCGCUGGGAGGUGGGGUUGGCAGAGGAGGAUUCUUGGAGGCCGGGUGGGCCUCUGGCUUCUUCAGGCAGACGUCUCUGCUCAUCUCACCUCAUGUCUGCCCAGGCCAGCCCCGCAGGAGCCGAGACCUGGCUGCCAUGGUCAUGAGCAGGUGAAGAAGACCCUCUGCCUACCUCAUGGGCAGCUACAAGGCUCAGAGAAGCUGACAGCCAAGUUCAGAAGCCAUUCAACUAUGUUCUGACAUGAAGGAUCUGGGUGCCCUUGAGGGUCAUAGCUGAUGGGGGGGGGGUCCUUGGAGCCGGCCAGAGGCCAGAAGGGCAGGAGGAUGAGUAGCCCUUCCGCCUCCCCACCUGCUAAACUCACCCAAGAGGCCUCCAGACCUCCAGCUGCCCCUUACCUGUACACUGGAAAGAACUUGACAGAAGCGCUUGGGUCAUCCUUCCAUGGCUGGGCCUGUUAUUUGCCCCUGUGACUUUGGGUUCUAGAGGCAUCUGCCUGGGGGCUCGGAUUCCUUCAGGCUUCAGGGGAGCCUUCCCUCGGACCUGAAGGUGUGCCCUCCUGCCCUGGCUUUCUAGGCCAACAUCGGGCUGGAAUCCAGGUGGCAAGGCCAGCAGAGCCUUGAACCCUUGACACCUGGAUGUUCACUUUCUCUGGCACCGUGGUCUUCAGUCACCUCUAGAGGACACAGAGUUCAUGGUGCUGGGGGCUCAGUGGGGGCUAGCAGAGGGGCCUUGAACACUAGUCCAUGGUGUUUUCUGGGUCCUGUUCUGUUAGAGGGAGGCCUAUCUGGCCCUCAGUUUCUCACAACUCCUGGGGCCAGCAGCAAACUGGUUUCUGGAGUCAGGGAUAUGGCCAACUGUGUAAGCUGCAGACCUCUAAGAAGGGACAUUUUCUGUGGCUCUCCUACAUAUUGUCAAGGGAUUUGGAUUUAGCUUCGGUCCCUGAGUGGCUGCUCCUGAGCUCUCCUCCGUCCAGGAGUGUUCAUCUUGGGGGUACGCUGGGGUGGGAUCUUUCCCCUGGCUAUGGCUCUGCAGA